AUGUUAAAACAUAUUUUAAUUUUCGGUUUAUUAGUGGCCCGGGUGUGUAGUGAAUGUAUUACUUAUGACUUUGAAAAGGAUUUUGAUGUUAUAUUCAAUCAAAAUAGUAAUAUGUGUGCUGGCUUACCAAUGUGGCAGAUUCAGAAUUAUACCGAUAUUAAUAUUGACAGACCUCAUGAAAAGAGUUUAAAGUUCGUUUAUCCACGUAAAAUACAGAGCUGUAUGUCAUCUAUAUCUUUUCCAAUGUCUGAAGGAGGAAUAUUGGAAGUGACUGCGUAUAUGGAAGCAAAGCCUGGUGAUCAAAUUUGGGUGUCGGUGUUUGAAAUAUUGCCGGAUAAUAGUAUUACUGUGGGGAAUUUGUGGUUCCGAGGCCCAGGUUGGCAAACAACGAAAGUCACUCUAAAUGGUCCAAGCAAAUUUCAAGGCAGUAUAACAAUGCUUGGGAUAGCUGCUUCUAAUUCUAUUGUAUUAAUCGACUCAUUUCGAUACAUUCCACCAGAUUUCGAAGGGGAAUGUAAUAUUUAUGACGAUACUACAACUACUCCUACUAUACCUGAAGAUACGCCAUCCACUCCUGAAGAUACACCGUCCACACCUGAAGAUACACCACCUACACCAGAAGAUACCCCAUGGACACCAGAAGACACACCGUCCACACCAGAAAAUACCCCUUCAACACCAGGAGACACACCAUCUACCCCUGAAAGUACCCAUUCAACACCAGAAGACACACCGUCCACACCUGAAGACAUACCAUCCACACCUGAAGUAAUCCCCUCAACACCAGAAGACACACCAUCUACACCUGAUGAUACCCCUUCAACACCGGAAGACACACCGUCCACACCUGAAAAUAUCCCUUCAACACCAGAAGAUACACCAUCUACCCCUGAAAAUACCCCUUCAACACCAGAAGACACACCGUCCACACCUGAAGACAUACCAUCCACACCUGAAGUAAUCCCCUCAACACCAGAAGACACACCAUCUACACCGGAAAAUACCCCUACAACACCAGAAGACACACCGUCCACACCUAAAGAUACCCCUUCAACACCAGAAGACACACCGUCCACACCUGAAGACAUACCAUCCACACCUGAAGUAAUCCCCUCAACACCAGAAGACACACCAUCUACACCGGAAAAUACCCCUUCAACACCAGAAGACACACCAUCCACACCUGAAAAUAUCCCUUCAACACCAGAAGACACACCGUCCACCCCUGAAGACACCCCUUCAACACCUGAAAAUAUCCCUUCAACACCAGAAGACACACCGUCCACACCUGAAGAUACCCCUUCAACACCAGAAGACACACCAUCUACACCUGAAAAUAUCCCUUCAAUACCAGAAGAAACAACGUCCACACCUGAAGACACACCGUCCACCCCUGAAGACACCCCUUCAACGCCUGAAAAUACCCCUUCAACACCAGAGGACACACCAUCUACACCGGAAAAUACCCCUUCAACACCAGCAGACACACCAUCCACACCAGAAAAUACGCGUUCAACACCAGAAGACACACCGUCCACACCUAAGAUACCCCUUCCACACCAGAAGACAUACCAAGACACACCAUCCACACCUGAAGAUACCCCUUCAACACCAGAAGACACACCAUCUACACCAGAAAAUACGCCUUCAACACCAGAAGACACACCGUCCACACCUGAAGACACACCGUCCACCCCUGAAGACACCCCUUCAACACCUGAAAAUACCCCUUCAACACCAGAAGACACACCAUCCUCACCUGAAAAUACCCCUUCAACACCAGAAGACACACCAUCCACACCAGAAAAUACGCCUUCAACACCAGAAGACACACCGUCCACACUUAUAGAUACCCCUUCAACACCAACAGACACACCAUCCACACCAGAAAAUACGCGUUCAACACCAGAAGACACACCGUCCACCCCAGAAGACACCCCUUCAACACCUGAAAAUACCCCUUCAUCACAAGAAGACACACCAUCUACACAGGAAAAUAUCCCUUCAACACCAGAAGACACACCGUCCACACCUGAAGAUACCCCUUCAACACCAGAAAACACACCAUCCACACCAGAAAAUACGCCUUCAACACCAGAAGACACACCGUCCACCCCUGAAGACACCCCUUCAACACCAGAAGACACACCAUCUACACCGGAAAAUAUCCCAUCAACACCAGAAGACACACCGUCCACACCUGAAGAUACCCCUUCAACACCAGAAAACACACCAUCCACACCAGAAAAUACGCCUUCAACACCAGAAGACACACCGUCCACCCCUGAAAACACCCCAUCAACCCCUUCAACACCAGAAGACACACCAUCUACACCGGAAGAUACCCCUUCAACACCAGAAGACACACCGUCCACCCCUGAAGACACCCCUUCAACACUUGAAAAUACCCCUUCAACACCAGAAGACACACCAUCUACACCGGAAAAUAUCCCUUCAACACCAGAAGACACACCGUCCACACCUGAAGAUACCCCUUCAACACCAGAAGACACACCAUCUACACCGGAAAAUACCCCUUCAACACCAGAAGACACACCGUCCACACCUGAAGAUACCCCUUCAACACCAGAAGACACACCAUCCACACCAGAAAAUACGCCUUCAACACCAGAAGACACACCGUCCACACCUGAAGAUACCCCUUCAACACCAGAAGACACACCGUCCACACCUGAAGAUACCCCUUCAACACCAGAAAACACACCAUCUACACCUGAAAAUACCCCUUCAACAACAGAAGACACACCGUCCACACCUGAAGAUACCCCUUCAACACCAGAAGACACACCAUCUACACCGGAAAAUACGCCUUCAACACCAGAAGACACACCGUCCACCCCUGAAGACACCCCUUCAACACCAGAAGACAUACACUACCGUAUCCCUUCAACACCAGAAGACACACCGUCCACACCUGAAGAUACCCCUUCAACACCAGAAGACACACCAUCCACACCAGAAAAUACGCCUUCAACACCAGAAGACACACCGUCCACCCCUGAAGACACCCCUUCAACGCCUGAAAAUACACCUUCAACACCAGAAGACACACCAUCUACACCGGAAAAUAUCCCUUCAACACCAGAAGACACACCGUCCACACCUGAAGAUACCCCUUCAACACCAGAAGACACACCUUCCACACCAGAAAAUACGCCUUCAACACCAGAAGACACACCGUCCACACCUGAAGAUACCCCUUCAACACCAGAAGACACACCAUCCACACCAGAAAAUACGCCAUCAACACCAGAAGACACACCGUCUACACCUGAAGACACCCCUUCAACACCAGAAGAUACACCAUCUACCCGGAAAAUACCCUUCAACCAAAAACGCCUUCAACACCAGAAGACACACCAUCCACCCCAGAAGACACGCCUUCAACGCCUGAAAAUACACCGUCCACCCCUGAAGACAACCCUUCAACACCUGAAAAUACCCCUUCAACACCAGAAAAUACGCCUUCAACACCAGAAGACACACCGUCCACACCUGAAGUAA